AAACACUAGCGAUGCGGACCGUGCGUAUAUUGUCAGAAGAUACUGCCAAUUAACGGCGAGCUUUCCCGUGCGACGUUUGCCGGCAGGCAGACUGGAGGAGGCUGGAGUCUAAAGCUGUGACCACCUUAAUAACACGAGGCAAAGGCAGAGGCUGGGCCACGGCCUCGGCCUUGUCGCCCUUGGCAGGGACGGACCACAAGGCCGCGGUCCAGAAAGCAGGACAUAUAUUCAGACAGCGAACCUUCAAUGAUGAGCAGAAUUUCAGAUACGGAGUAGACUUGUUGAGGGCGUUGCUGCGUGGUCCAUGAAUACGGAACUGAAUAAUUCCGGAAACUUCCGAGACUGCCUGCACCUCUGGAGUCCGGACCCCGACACCAUUUGGCUACAUAGGGUUGCGGUCACAUCGACGGUCAUAGGCUCGUUGUCUUCAGAAAGCUUGCUGAUGUUCUGCUCGAGUCGGAUGACGGAGUUCAAGAAAGGUCAUCAGAGGUCAUCGACAUAUCAUGCUUUCCGCAUGCCUCUGCUCCGGUUCUCUAGAAACUAGAAACCUAAAGCUAGAAACCCUAUGGGGAAUGAAAGUCUUGCAUAGGAUGCUCUCUUUUCUUCGUGACUGCUAUUUGGCUGUAUGCUUCAGUCUGAUGUCGCGCGUGGACUUCAGGGUUGUUGAUUCGUCCUUAGUAAGACGUAUGUUAACGUGAUUUAGUGGUAGCUCUUGUUUGCAGUUGAUGUGAAAAACGUGAAAAUCAUGUGAAUCGAAAGGGAUAUAAAUAUUGGAUUACGUUUCUGGAGAUUCUCUUUUACCAUCACUUCUUAAAGGAAAUGUUACUCAUUGCAUGUUCUGCAAUGUGUGAAAUUCGGGAAAGUCGUAAAUUGCUAUCAGGAUAAUACAUUUCUAAGUUGAAUUCUAAGUAU